GACGGUGGAUAGAAAGAGAAGAUGAAUAGCCCAGCUCAAGAAGACGACGACCAGGGGGAGGUUUUCCUCGACGAAUCCGAUAUCAUCCACGAAGUCACCGUAGACGAAGAAGAUCUUCCUGAUGUUGAUGAUGAAUAACACUUCGACUCUGAAAAUAUGGGUGUCGAUGAUGAAGCUGAUGACUUAAUGCACAUAUUCAUUGGUCACACUGAUUUGGAAUACAGGGAUAGCUUCAAGUUUCACACUCAAUUGUUUCUUUUGAAAAUCAAUAUUGAUUGUGUUAUUGUGCUAGAAUUUGAAGAUCCUCACUUUCUCUCCACUAGUGAGAUUUAUGCAGUUACUUGUAGCCCAACAAAUCUUACACUAGUUACAACUGGUGGCAGAGAUGAUAAAGGGUUUCCUUGGAGGAUUGGUAAAGGAGAUUGGGCUUCCGAACUCUAAGGGAUAUGGGUCCAAGCUGGCAUAUGCUCUCAAUCUAGACCUUAGCUUUUUACCAUAUUCGUCUGUUAGUGCCUUCCAAUCCUAAUUAGUAAAAGGGAUGAAAAAAAAAAAUGUUUGAGUUUGAUGCCUCAAGCUUGGUUUUUUAUUAACUAAUCUUUUUAGAAUUUCUGUGCAGGUCAUUGUGAUUCUACCUCUAGUUUAACCUUUAGUUCUGAUGGGUAGUUGCUUGCAUCUGGAGGGUUUGAUGGACUUGUUCAAAUUUGGGGGUCAUCAGGAAACCUCAUACACCGAUUUGAUGGUCCAGGAGGAGGCAUUGAGGUAUGACUUUACAAUUAGUAAAAUACUUGCUUGUGUGCUUCCUCUGGUGCUUAAGGUUAAACAAUCUGUACUGGCUCUGAUGAUGCAACCUUGAGAAUAAGGAAUCCAAAAAGUGGUGAAAGCAUUUGUGUUGUAAAAGGUAUGUGUUUGCUAUCCAGUUUGUGUUUACCAUUUUUUACUUCUUUCUUUUUUGGUACAUCUGAUUGUAGGCUAUACAGAAGGUAUUUUACUCCUUUCCCAAACCCAUUCCCAUCAGUCCCAAGAGUUUAACCCUAGACUUCCAAUUUAGAUGUCUCAAGUUCUCAUUGUUGGGACAUUCCCUAAGGGAAAGUUUGAAAUUUUCUUAUGGUCCUUUUCUAUUUCAUUUUUGUAUGGUGAAUGAGGUUUAAUUUUUGAACAGAAGAAAUGAAAGUAACAAAGAUUGAAGAAAAUAUUGUAGGGAUUGAAACUCUAGAUGUAAAACUUACCUAGCAUGAAGAAACAUUCUCAAUAUACAGAACCUUGAAUGUGAGAAUAGCAUGAAGCUUGACCUUUCUACUUACCUGUGACUAGUUGAUUGGUAAAGGUCUUCACUUCAUGAGUAAUCAACAGUUAGCUUUGUU